UUUGUUUAGAAUUCAAAAGCUGAGAGAGAAAGACUCUGUGAACCGCCAUGGAUUUUGAUGACGCCGAUGACAUUUUCCGAUAUGACGAAGACGACUCCGACAACGAGCUCUAUCAGGAAAAGGCAGCCACCAAGGACUUGGCAGCGUACCUCGUCGAUGCUUCUCCCAAAAUGUUCAGCACCACUUCUCCCGCCGAGAACGGGGAGGAGGUGACUGAUUUUCAUGUUGCUGUGAGUUGUAUUUCGGAGUCGCUGAGGAAACAGAUCAUAAGUUCGUCGUAUGAUGAAGUUGCUGUAUGCUUCUUUAAUACUAGGGAAAAGAGAAAUCUGCAAGACUUAAAUGGUGUGUAUGUAUUUGAUGUUGCUGAGCGAGAUAAUCUGGACAGGCCAACAGCAAGGCUGGUAAAAGAGUUUAGUAAUGUAGAAGAGUCAUUCACGAGCAAAGUUGGGAGUCAGUAUGGUAUUAACUCCGGGUCACGAGAAAAUUCUCUUUAUAAUGCCCUUUGGGUAGCCCAAGCACUGUUGCGUAAAGGCUCUGUGAGGACAGCCGAUAAGCGUGUUCUUUUAUUUACAAAUGAGGAUGAUCCAUUUGGCAACAUUAAAGGAAUCACAAAGACAGACAUGAUGAGAACCACAUCGAAGCGGGCUAAAGAUGCACAAGAUCUUGGCAUUUCAUUUGAACUUCUUCCAUUGUGUCACCCUGAUAAUGAAUUCAAUGUUUUGACUUUCUACUCUGAUUUAGUUGGACUCACAGGCGAUGAACUUGCUCAAUUCAUGCCAAAAGUGGGAGAAAAAUUGGAAGACAUGAAGGAUCAACUAAGAAGGCGAAUGUUCAAGAAAUGCAUUAUUAGAAAAAUCACUUUCUCAAUUGCCAGUGGGCUUUCAAUUCAACUCAGUUCAUAUGCUCUAAUUCGUCCCACUAAUCCAGGAGCAAUCUUCUGGCUUGAUUCAGUCACUAACCGUCCUUUGAAGGCCGAAAGAUCUUUUGUUUGUUUUGAUACUGGUGCACUGGUACAGGAAUCUGCAAAACGUUGUCAACCCUAUAAAAAUGAAAAUAUCAAGUUCUCAGUAGAGGAACUUUCAGAGAUCAAAAGGAUUUCUACUGGACAACUUCGACUCCUUGGCUAAGAGUAUCACAACUUGAGGCCCUCAACCUCUUUCCCUAGUGAUCAGGAAUUAAUGGGUAGCACAUGUGUUUUCAUUGCACUACAUAAAUCCAUGCUACGGCUAAAGCGUUUCGCAGUUGCAUUUCAUGGCAGUUCAUCUCCUCCUCAACUGGUUGCUCUUGUUGCUCAAGAUGAAAUAAUUAGUGCUGGUGGUCAGGUUGAGCCUCCGGGGAUGCACAUGAUAUAUCUUCCCAUUAGACACUCUGAAGAGCUUAUUAUGAGUUCAGAUGCUGCAGGGCUUCAUGCAAGUGAUGAUCAAAUUAGAGAGGCUUCUGCUUUAAUCAACCGUCACAUAAGCUGUACUACAGUGAUACACCAAUUUUGUGACUUUAUGUAACCGAGCCAUCUGUUGCAGGCCCUUGCUCUGGACGAGGAUGAAAUACCGGAAAUUAUAGAUGAAACUUCCCCUCCUGAGGAAAGCUUCUCAAGACCAGCAGUUGUUAGAGUAAUUGAAGAGUUCAAGCAAUCCGUUUAUGGAGAAAAUUAUGACGAGAAAAGUGAAGUUGGAAACAAAGCAAAUGAGACUACCAAAACACGAAAAGCCGCUGCAGAACUUGCAGUUAAAGAGAUUUCUAAGCACGACUGGGCUGAACUUGCAGAUAACGGAAAGUUGAAGAAUUUGGCUGUCGUGGACUUGAAGUACUAUCUGACAGCAAGUAAUCUUCCAGUAGCUGGGAAGAAGGAAGCUUUGAUCAGUAGAAUAUUGACUCGUAUGGGGAAAUUACCAAGGCGGACUAUCUUAUUUUUUAACCAAGACGAGCCAUUGCCAUGAGUGGCGUGCCUAGGUAUUUAUGUACAUAUCGUCGGUGAAUUUGGUUUCUAAAAGUGAAGGAUACAUUUCGAGGUGAUGGCAAUAUCUCACUAGUCAAUAGUUUAGAACACAGCAGAACAUAAUGCAGAUUUGAUGUAUGCGUUAUUGCGUUUAUGUAUGACAGACAGUUCAGUUUCACCUUCUGAUUGCAUGCAUGCGUGGAAGAACAAACGAGUCAAUCAAUCGUG